AUGGCAGAAGACGAGCGCCGGGAAAGUCCAUGCCAGCAACCACACAUAUACCGCCCCGUACCACGAAGGGCCUUCGAACCACAAGUGCUGCACGACACAGCAGACAGCCCUACGCACGCCUUCUCCCAGCAACCGCAUUCUCCCAACGCAAAUAGCCUCCAGAACUCCAAAAGCUCAGACUUCCUCGCCCAACUUAAUGCGCGCCUCCUCCACACAUACAACGCCCGCUAUGACGAUGCGCCAGAGUCGCCGGUCGAUGGCGCUGGGAGCGCCAGGCUUCCACGUCAGAAUAAGAGUUUCCUGAACAUGAACAGCAGCACCCUGUUCGGUAUCUACGGCGAUGAAGGCGCAAGCACAAACGGCGCAGCCAGCGUGGCGGAAACACCCUGGGGCACGGGCGCAGAGACACCUGGGCAUACUGGCAUGGGCUGGCACGGAACAGUAUAUGACAGUGGGCUGGGCGGUGCAGAUGCUGGUCUGAGCAUGAGGAAGGCCGCGCGCAGGGGCAGUGGCAAGGGGAAAGUGAAUGAGAGAAGAAGCAGUCAGACGAGAAGACCAAGGAGUUCGACAGUCAAGUAUGCAGUGCUGAUCGCCAAGCUGGCGGCACUUUUCACGUUUGGUGUCCUAUAUGGCACGAUUGUCAGCCAUCUGCACGACACGAGACAGCUUGCUGCGGUGCAUGUCAAGGGCGUGGACCGCGAGAGCUGGUUCUACAUCACGACAUGGGGGUGUGCAGGCGUAGCUCUAGGGAGUCUGCUGCCGUAUGUCGACCUGGUGUGGAGCAGGCACAGCACCUUGACCGAAAGCGAGAAGGAAGACCAGGACGAGAAGGACGCCGAGAGCCCCAUCAGCGAGCAGAUUAACGACGUUGUCCGAAGUGUAGCGGCAUUUUUGGGCGUUGCUUUCGCCAUUCGCCGCCUACCUUGGCAGUCUACCCUCCAGCUUACCCUUACUCUCGCCCUCGUGAAUCCGGCUCUGUGGUACAUCCUCGAUCGCAGCAAGCCCGGUCUGUCGUUCUCGCUCAUCGUUACCUCCAUUCUUACCUCAGUCAUGUUCCUUUCGAAUCCCACCGCGUUGCCGUCACCCAGCGUUCCCUCCCCUUCCAACGCGACGCAUGCACCCUCGAUGCCCCAUCCUAGACCGGAUCUGUUCGCUGGAAUCAUUAGCUAUGAAAAUCUCGCAGUUGUAACAUGGGUAGGCAGUGUAUUGUUUUGCAGUUGUGUAUGCUUCGGUAGCAUUGGAAGGAGACUGGGGGUAUUGGAGAGUGGGUGGAAAAGGUAA